UUAUAUGUAUAUAAAUAUGUAUAUCAUAUAUAGCUCCUAGCCAAGCCGGGAUAUAUCCACAAUUCGUUCUUGAGAAUCAGUACUGUUAUUUUCUUACUUCUACAGCAAGCAAUGGUGUCGACUUCUAUUCUUUCUUCAUCUGUUCUCUCUUUUCACCCAUUUCCGGGUAGUAGCUCCAAACAUGGCCUCCAUGAUCCAAAGAGAGCAUCCAGAACUAGAAUUUUUGCUUCAAGAAAAGAAGCCCACGACCAAAACUACAGCAGCCGAAUGGUGGACGAAAACAUGAUUGUUCUUCGGAAGCGAAUCCACGAGAUGAAGAUGGUGGAGAGGAACCACGAGCCACCGUCGGAUUGGAUGGAUUGGGAGAAGCGAAUUUACACCAGCUACGAUUCGUUUAUAUGCGGAGUGAUGGGCUUCUUGCAAUCCCAGAUGAUGAAUAGCAGGCCAAGCUUGACUUUGGGAAUGUUGGUUUUAAUCAUUCUCAGUGUGCCAACUUCGGCAGCUGUGGUUUUCUUUCAUCUGAUGGAGAUUAUUCCCAAGGGUACCUUGGCUGGGAUUCACCACAUUUAGUAAUAAAUUAGCUAGUGUUGGAGUUAGUGCAUGCACCAGAAUUUAUAUAUUCUGUAUGCAUGUUAAUUUAAAUGUAUGAUCAUCAGACAACGUAGCAUAUAUCAUGCAUGAUUGAUUUGGUUAA